AGAGAAUGAUGAUAUAGUACACACAUACACAUGUUUUGAUGAAAUCACUCAUCAUCAUGGCGGACGGCGAGGAAAAUAUUUUUGCAAGCAAUGCACUUUUUGAAGAAUUUGAGCGGGAAGACGAAGAGAAUGGCGAAGACCUCAUCCCUGCAGACGCUCUUGGUGAGCUACAAAAGGAGAUAAACGCAGUAUGUGAGGAAAACGACGCCUUGAAACGGAAACUGAGAGUUCUUUCUGCACCGGUUCCGUUGUUGGAAAGUACGCCGGAUUCAGAAACUGUGGGACCAUCCGUGCAAGUGUUGUUUAUGAACAACUCAAUCGCCACCAGAUACAGGCAAGAUGUAGAAGAGUUCUUCCUACAUCUGAUGCAGAAGGAGUCUGAGCUUAAGAAGAAGGACAGGAUAAGUCAGGCUGUUGUACGUCCCGCGCCACAGCGGUCUUCCUUUGCGCUUCAGCUGGGGAGGGGGGCAGAGCAGACUGAAAGUGAAAGUGUGACGUCACGUGAAGUGAAGCAGUGUUACACAGUGACCGGGAGUGUGCAGUUCUAUCAGAACUACUGUGUGGAUCACCUAGGACAGCCUCUCAUCGAUGGGGAUGCCAAGAUUUCUGAAGGAUGGGAAAUCCCCACCUAUGAACAGAUUUACUUUGAUGCCCUGUCGUCUGAUGGCCAGGACGGUGUGAAAGUUGGUAAGAAGAAGGACAAGCCCACCUGUUUCAACUGUGGGGGGGACCACCAGCUGAGGGAGUGUACCCAGCCUCGAGACCUGGCCAAGAUCAGCCAGAAUAGGAAACUGUUCAUGGAGAAGUUCAGCAGCUCACCUAGGACUCCAAGUGGCAAUCGUUACCAUGCAGACCUGGAUCCCAAGUUUGCCAAGUUCAAGCCUGGUAUGGUGAGUCAGGACCUGAGGAAGGCCAUGGGUGUGAGCAGUCACCAGCUGCCCCCAUAUGUAUAUCAGAUGAGAAGGCUAGGUUACCCUCCUGGCUGGCUGGCUGAAGCUGAAGAGAUGACGUCAGGUCUGACUUUGUACAGCAAGACUGGCAAGAAAGUCAAUGAGGAGGGGGAAGAAGUGGAGGAUGGGGAGGUUGACUCUGAGGACAACAACAAACCAACCUACAACAUCGAGAAGAUUGUGGCAUACCCAGGGUUCAAUGUGCCAGUCCCAGAGGGUGUUGAGGAUGUGGGGGACAGGAUGGGAUUACCCAUGCAGCCUCACCAGCAGCGUGAAGUCCUGAUUGCGUACCUUGAACCGUCGGCGGGAGGAACCAAACGUCCUGCCGAGGACGACAACGCGCACCAUACCAAGCGACAGAAGCGGGAUGAAUCUGACAUGGACGUGGACACCUCUGGUACUGAUGAUAACUGUAUCAAGGAGGUGAUCCCUCCUCCUCCCGACGCAAAAGUCUUCCAACCUCCGCUUCCCCCGACACCGGAACACACCACGCCACCCUGUCCCCCAAUCGACGACUCCAGUGCAUCCGAGAAUGAAGGAAGAGGGUUCUGGACUGAGAAACCACUACAGCACAAGGAAAACAGCAACUUUACGAAUUCCAGCAUGGAAAACACGGAUGAAAUCGUACAAAGGACAAUCGGGGGGAAAGAUGUCGUCAGCAAAGAUUCGGCAGGUGACUCAGAUGCAGGAAUGGAGGACUGGGUUGUCAUCGAUUCAAUCAAGACAACGUCAGAGAGUUUGGAGGAAAGCAACAAUCCCAACGAUUCACCUGGGCUUGCAGGGAGUUCGAUCAAGGAUGACAAUGGGGAGAGUGAGAACAGCCAGGAUAUGCCUGAGGACUAUUUCUCGCCCAAGGGACUCCCACACAGGAGCAAGUUUGCAGAUGGGAUCACACCGUUUGUGGAGAAGGAAAACUUGACAGAUCUGAAAGGGACGUUCAAGAAGCUUCUAGGUGUCCUGAAAGGGAACAAGAAGAAAAAAUAGAAAUAGUGCUUAGACGAGGAAAGAGGAAUUCUUGUUCACUUUUCUCCUUUUUUGUGCUGAUGUACAUAGCAGUGUAGUAAAUAUUAGAAUGUCAGGGAUCAAGAGUUUGUUGAUUGUUCACUAACAGGAAGUCAUUUUUAGUUGUGCAUUACCCGUAGUUUGCACAAAUCAGUUCCAGUUAGUUUGUGAAUUUUAGGCGGUCAUAAACAGAUUUUAACUUGCAAUCUAUGUCUUUGUAGAGGCUUUGUUUCUUUGCAUUUAGCUAAGUUCACCUUUAUGCCAACUUGGGUAGCUGUUUUGUAUAAUUUGCUUGCUCAUCUCACAUCCAUUUCUUAGUCAACCAGUUUUCUCUAACUUUCUUUGUUUUCUGUUUUCCUCAGUGUUUCAUAUCAUCGUUUUAGUCCACCUUCUACCUAUAGUUAAAUGGUGCAAGUGGUACAGUUCAAGUUGUGGCACAAUUUGUAUAUAGUGAUCAACUACCUCUAAAGGCGCAAACAUUUCUAGAACUCCUGUCAUUUCAUCAGAUAGAUAGUGCAGUUUUGACUUUUAUACAUUAUUCUCAGAAUGUUUUUAGUUGGGAAGAAAAGGUGCACUUCCAGAGUUUGGAUGAAAUGGUACUAGUAACUCAAGACAUUUUAACCUUUCUUUAGCAAUUCUGUCAAUGAGGCCCUCAUUUGCUUGACUUAUGUCUAAUGAGUUACAGUUACAAUAUUAAUGUACUUGACCCAAAAGUUGUAACUGCAUGGUUACAGGUUUGGAACAAGUAUUCAAAAGUUUGUGUCUCCUUACACUGCUUCCAAGAAAUGCUAGUUGUCAGAAAUAAGACUAUUCAGUAGAUGACCUAUGUGAUCAGAGGAGUAUGCAACAGUUUGAAUGGGCUGACUGCCAGGCUAGGGCCCUGGUAUAUACAUGAUAGAACAAUCACUUUAGUACUAGAAGACAUCUCCCGUAUCUGCUACACAGAACAAAUUUCCUAACUGGUGCAUAGUAUGGAGUAGGUUAAAUAGAUGCAUUUUAUCUAGCUUUAUGAAAUUCUGGUUUCCUGAAGCACAUUUCUUCUUGCACAUGGAGAAACAGCAGUUGAAAUGGUGCAAUAUCUGUGUAUAAAGUUGCAAAAGAUAAAAGUUGAUGGGACUGUAGUAUUUGACACUUUGACAAUUUUGUUAAAGGAUAAAAUACCCAUACUGUUUCAAAGUUGAUUUUAUGUAUAUAUCUUUUUAAAUUUUGAAUAAACAAACUUUUGAGGUAAGCAUUCA